AUGUACUCCCUCACAGUUCUGUUUGUCAUCUUCGUUAUUCCAGCGGGCUAUGAAGAAUGUUGCAUUGCUAUGAGCAACUGUCUUUGUCAUCUGACAGGCCAGCUUGGGAAGACGUGCAGCGUCUUCACUAAAGAUCAGUACGUCAAGUUCGGGUCUGAUGUCCAGAUAACGUGCCAGAGCUCCUGCAUCCAAGGCAAAAGCUACUGGACAAUGAACAACAUGCCAAUAGAUGACAGCCUCUCGGAGACCAUCAACUCUUCAUAUACAGUCUUGUUCUUGAGGAAUUUCACUGGCCAGAGGAAAAUCAACCCUCCAAAGAUCCAGGUGAGCCCGCUCUCCAGCUAUCUACUGCACGUGCUCAAUAAGACUAUGAAUCCUAAAGACGACAGAGGGAGUGUCAUCAUCAAAGACGUUGAAUCCUGCACCGACUACACAGUGUCGGCCCGCUGUGCUUUAGAGGAAGCCCCAUGGAGUGAAUGGAGCCAGAAGAGGACGGUCCUGUCUGAAGUUGAUAAAGGCACUGUCAAGCUGGAUCUGUGGAGAAAGAUAGCUGAACCAGGAAAAAGUGGAUUUAGAAAAGUGCAUGCUUUGUGGAAGGGAAUCCCGCCAUCAUGCAGAGGGGAAUUCAGCCACACCGUUAAACCGACCUCCUACAAGAAACGCGCGCUUUUUUCGGACGAGGCGUAUCAUUCGGCUGUUUUUUGUAGCCCUUCGUACUGCAACGUGGAAGUGGACAGAAAUGCACAUGAAGUCACGCUCACGGUCCUCCACAAUGGCAGCUUUCUUCAGAAGGAGUCCGUUUAUGUGCCGGCCAUUGGAGAGAGUGAGUGCCUUCCAGAGGUUAGCGGUAUCCAGACCUCGAUCUCUGACGGUAAGAUUCUGGUCAGCUGGAAGGCUCCUAACCGGCAUGUCAGCGGCUACAUGGUUGACUGGACCCACGAUGGGGUCACAUACUUCUGGAAGGAGAGCAGAUAUACCAAUACAACACUAGAUGACGUGCAGGAUUUUAAGAAAUACAAUAUAGCUGUCACUCCACUCUUUGAUGACAAGACAGGGCUUGAGUCAAAAGUCCUUCGUGUCUGCUCCAGGAAAGGAGGUCCGGAGACGAUCGUCAUCACUGACGUCCUUACUAAGGACAGGAGUGCCCUUGUAAGCUGGAAUAUUGAGUCGCAGAGCGAAUGCAGAGGUCAGGUUGUCAUCUACACCAUCUUCUACCGGACAGAAGAUGGCCCACAGCUCAAUGUAUCUGUCAAUGGCACAAAGCGUGAGACCUUAUUGGAAGAUCUGAAACCGAACAACAAAUACAGCGUCAAUGUCAUGGCCAUAGCUGAAAAUGGAAGUAUCAGCAGCAUCGUCAGAUACUUCGAAACCAAAAGAUUUGAUCCAAGCCUCAUCCUGACGCUCAGCAUCUGUGGAGGGGUGCUCAUCUUCCUCGUGCUGUCCCUUGGACUAUGCUGUGCUGUUCAGUGGAAGAAAUUCAGGGAGAAAAAGGUUCCUGACCCUGGUCACAGUUCCUUGGUCUCGUGGUUUUCCCAAAGUCAUCACAAGACGGCCCAGUCAUUCAGUCAUCCAUCUGAAAGCCGUACCAUCUAUGAGAGGGUCUACCCUUGUGAGCUGGACUCCGCUACAUAUUGCCUGACCCAACUCACCACGGACACCGAUGAUUACCCAGAGAUGAAGCCGGCCAGUAGCCAGUCGGUGUCACUCAGGUCCAGUUUCAGUGGUGGGAGUUCCAGCGAGGGUGAGGACUGCGGCCUCGCUGAGGAGAAGUCUGACACGGUCCUCACCCCAGCGAAAGGUCCCGCUCCGGUUCCGCCAAAGAAAAAGCCAGCCCCCCACGAGGGCGUGUCACCUCCCGAAGAAGUGACUCUGCCCCCCGCUUCAGAGAACGUGCCUUUCAACCCCUACCGGAGCCAGAACUCGGUGAACUCUCCGGUCCUGAGCAAAAGUGAAGGACGCAAGGCCACGCUGGCACAAAGACAGCAAAACAAGACCGCACCGCUGACGGUGUAUGUCUCUGUGGACAUGUUUGAACAGGGGCAGAGCCGGUGA